CCGGGCCGGUUCCGGGGCGGGAGAGCUCGGCCUCCCGCGGGGCGCCCACAUCCGCCGGCCCCGGGGCAGCGACUGGCCGGAGGGAGAGAGUGGGAGGCCCCGGGCGGCCGCGGGAGCGCGGGCCGGGCGCCCCAUCACCCGCGUACCCCGGGAGGACGGCGGGGGCUGGGGGGCUCGGGAGAAGGGACGGCCGCCGAGGCCCCGGGAGGGGGCGGUACUCCGGGGCGGAAGAUUUGGAAGCGCGAGGGCAAAGGGCAGCACCCACUGAGUCGGGCUGGGCUGGCGGCCGUGGGUAUGAGUGCCCCCAGCCCGUGGACCCCGGCAGGGAGUAGUGCCCCGGCCCCUCCGUGGAGGAAGUGGUCCCCGGGUGGGAGGGUCUGGGCCAGGGAGCUCUCUCCGAGCACCUAUCCCCUGGCUUGCUCACCAUCAGGAUGAAGAGACACCUGUGCCCAAAGGGGACCCAGGUGAGCCCGGGUGCCCGUUGCCACAGCCUUCCUGUCACAGUCUGCCCCAGGUCCCGAACAGACACGCCUGGCCCUCAGCCCCAGCCCAUGGACCUGCGAGUGGGCCAGAGGCCGGCUGUGGAGCGGCCGCCGGAGCCCACGCUCCUGGCCCUGCAACACCCCCAGCGCCUGCACCACCACCUCUUCUUGGCCGGCCUGCAGCAGCCACGUCCUGUGGAGCCCAUGAGGCUCUCCAUGGACACACCGAUGCCUGAGCUGCAAGUCGGGCAGCAGGAGCAAGAGCUGCGGCAACUUCUGAAUAAGGACAAGAGCAAGAGGAGUGCUGUGGCGAGCAGUGUGGUGAAGCAGAAGCUGGCAGAGGUGAUACUGAAGAAACAGCAGGCAGCCCUGGAGAGAACGGUUCACCCCAGUAGCCCCAGCAUCCCCUACAGAACUCUCGAACCCUUGGAGACAGAAGGAACCUCCCGCUCCGUGCUCAGCAACUUUCUGCCUCCCAUCCCCAGCCUGCCCAGUGACCCCCCAGAGCACUUCCCUCUGCGGAAGACAGUCUCUGAACCCAAUCUGAAGCUGCGCUACAAACCCAAGAAGUCCCUGGAGCGCAGGAAGAACCCGCUGCUCAGGAAGGAGAGCGCCCCGCCCAGCCUCCGGCGCAGGCCUGCAGAGACCCUGGGUGAUUCUUCCCCCAGCAGCAGCAGCACUCCUGCAUCAGGCUGCAGCUCCCCUAAUGACAGUGAACAUGGCCCCAACCCUAUCUUGGGCUCAGAGGCGCUCUUGGGCCAGCGGCUGCGGCUGCAGGAGACCUCUUUGGCCCCGUUCGCCUUGCUGCCCGCAAUCUCGCUUGGGCUGCCCGCUCCCGCCAGGGCCGAUGGUGACCGCAGGACCCAUCCGACUCUGGGCCCUCGGGGGCCUGUCCUGGGGAGCUCCCAUGCUCCUCUCUUCUUGCCCCAUGGCCUGGAGCCAGAGGCUGGGGGCCCCUUGCCCUCUCGCCUGCAGCCCAUCCUCCUCCUGGAUCCCUCGGCCUCUCAUGCCCCCCUGCUGACUGUGCCUGGGCUUGGGCCCCUGCCUUUCCACUUUGCCCAGUCCUUUCUGACCACCGAGCGGCUCUCUGGGUCCAGCCUCCACCGGCCACUGAGCCGGACCCGUUCUGAACCGCUGCCCCCAAGUGCCACCGCCCCCCCACUGCUGGGCACCUUGCAGUCCCGCCCAGAGCGCCUUAAACCUCACAGCCAGCUGAUCAAGAGGCCAGGCAAGUCGAGUGAGAAGCCCCGCCUACGGCAGAUCCCCUCAGCUGAGGAUUUAGAGACAGACGGUGGGGGCUCAGGGCUGGCAGUUAAUGACGGCCCAGAACACAGGGACUCCAACCCCGGGCAGCUUGAGGCCAGGGGCCCUGUGUCCCUCCAGCAGCAGCAGCAACAACAACAACAGGUAUUCCUGUGGGAGCACCAGCAGCUAAGCAGGCGACUCCCUGCUGGAGUCCCUGGAGACUCUGUGCUGCUGCCCCUGCCCCAGGGCAGUCACCGGCCCCUGUCCAGGGCUCAGUCGUCUCCAGCCGCACCUGCCUCGCUGCCAACGCCAGAGCCUGCCAGCCAGGUCCGUGCCCUCACCAGCUCAGAGACUCCCGGCAGGACCCUACCCUUCACCACAGGGCUCGUCUAUGACUCGGUGAUGCUGAAGCACCAGUGUUCCUGUGGGGACAACAGCAGACACCCCGAACACGCAGGGCGGAUCCAGAGCAUCUGGUCGCGGCUGCAGGAGCGGGGCCUCCGGAGCCAGUGUGAGUGUCUCCGAGGCCGUAAGGCCUCUCUGGAGGAGCUGCAGUCGGUGCACUCCGAACGGCACGUGCUCCUCUAUGGCACCAACCCACUCAGCCGCCUCAAACUGGACAACGGGAAGCUGACAGGGGCCUCCUGCUCCCUGUCAGGCCAGCCUGAGAGGACUCAGCUCACAGACUGGGCUUUCCCCACAGGGCUCCUGUCACAGCGGAUGUUCGUGAUGCUGCCCUGCGGUGGUGUCGGGGUGGACACCGACACCAUCUGGAAUGAGCUUCAUUCCUCCAACGCAGCCCGCUGGGCCGCUGGCAGUGUCACCGACCUCGCAUUCAAAGUGGCUUCCCGAGAGCUGAAGAACGGUUUUGCUGUGGUUCGACCCCCAGGACACCAUGCAGACCAUUCUACUGCUAUGGGCUUCUGCUUCUUUAACUCAGUGGCCGUCGCCUGCCGGCAGCUGCAACAACAGGGCAAAGCCAACAAGAUCCUCAUCGUGGACUGGGAUGUUCACCAUGGCAACGGCACCCAGCAGACCUUCUACCAGGACCCCAGCGUGCUCUACAUCUCCCUGCAUCGCCAUGACGAUGGCAACUUCUUCCCAGGCAGCGGGGCUGUGGAUGAGGUCGGGGCUGGUAGUGGUGAAGGCUUCAAUGUCAACGUGGCCUGGGCUGGAGGACUAGACCCCCCAAUGGGGGAUCCUGAGUACCUGGCUGCCUUCAGGAUGGUCGUCAUGCCCAUCGCCCGAGAGUUCUCUCCAGACCUGGUCCUGGUUUCAGCUGGGUUUGAUGCUGCCGAGGGCCACCCAGCCCCACUGGGAGGCUACCAUGUUUCUGCCAAAUGCUUUGGAUACAUGACGCAGCUGCUGAUGAGCUUGGCGGGAGGUGCUGUGGUGUUGGCCCUCGAGGGUGGCCACGACCUCACAGCCAUCUGUGACGCCUCUGAGGCCUGUGUGGCCGCUCUUUUGGGCAACAAGGUGGAUCCCCUCUCAGAAGAAAGCUGGAAACAGAAGCCUAAUCUCAACGCCACCUGCUCCCUGGAAGCUGUGAUCCGGGUGCACAGUAAAUACUGGGGCUGCAUGCAACGCCUGGUCUCCUGCCCAGACUCCCGGGGGCCCAGGGCACCGGGUGCCGAUGCAGAAGUGGAAGCGGUGACCGCCCUGGCGUCCCUCUCCGUGGGCAUCCUGGCUGAAGGCAGGCCUGCAGAGCAGCUGGUGGAGGAAGAAGAACCCAUGAAUCUCUGAGGCUUCACAACCAACCUGCCCGUCUGCCCACCGUCUGGACCUGGGUCUCUUCUGAGCUCUGGUGACAGUGCCCAUCCCCGGGGGUCUUCAGGGACCCUGCAGGCUGGCGGCCAGGACCAGAGAACAGCCCCAGUGACAGUCACCCCAAGGAACCUGAGAAGGGCCCUGAUUCUAGAAUGGGGACCAAAGAGAACUCUGAGGGAGGGGGGGUGGGCAGCCAGCCAGGCCCCAGCAGGGCUUUCCACAAAACAGCAUCUCCCCCGCUGGGGUCCAGGGCCCUGGCUGGGCCCCCAUUCCUCAGGACCGCGCAGACGGGGCUGGCUCAGUUGAGCCCACCUAUAACCACUAUUCUUGACUCUGUAGACCCAGACUUUGCACACAGCCCCAGGCUCCACACAGAAAUGUGAACUUGGCCUUAGCCAGGGCCACCCUCUGAGGGCUAUACUGGGAGGGGUAGUGGGACUGGGGAGGAAGAGCCAAGGAGCCCCACAUCCCUGAGUGCAGGGGAGACCCUUAUCUCUCUUGCCUUCUCCAUGGACUCUGGGAGCCCCUGCCCCCACAGGAUAAGCUCCCUUCAAGCAGUCACCAGCAGGCCCCCGCCGGGCCCCUGCCCCUGCCGCUCCAGAGCCCCCCCAUGUUGGCCAUCUCAGUGCCCUGGGGCGGGGGCAGGUGGGUGCUCUUCAAGCACUGUGCUACCCCAUCCAAUGGUGCCAAACCUUCAUCUCUCCUCAGAAGCACAGCACACCCCCUCUCCGCCAGGGACUCCUCGGUCACUGCCCCCUUUGUGAGCCUUCUCUUUCUAGGGUCUCCCCACACCCCAGGUCUGAUCCACACAGGACGUGGCUGAAGGCUGGGGGGCGGGAGAGUAGAUACAAGUAAUGGGGAGGCUGCCCGGGCAGAAUCUUCACGACUUCUAGGGUCCAGGCCUGGGGCCAAGAAGGAAAGUAUGUGUGUGUGUGUGUGUGUGUGUGUGUGUGUGUGUGUAGGGUGUAUGGGUGUGUGUGAACACAUGUGUGUGUCCCCUGGAAUCCACCAGACCCUGUGUAUGUAUGCAUGUUUUUGUAAAAAAGGGAAAAAAAAAAGAAAAAAAAUUUGAACAAUAAAUGUUUUAUUUGCUUUAAAA